GUCAACUGGCAGGUCCUCGACUGUCCCGUCCGCUCUACUGACCUUUUUGGGACCAGGUCCUGGAGAGAAAUGGCUUCUCAUGGGACUUGUAAGGACUUGGGGAGCAGCUCAUCCGAGGAGGACUGUAACCGUGCGGACGCGGCGGAGGGGACGGCGGAGGAGAAGAGGUCUCCGGUGACGCGCCACCCGUUCAGCGUGGAGGCGCUCAUGUCCGGGGGGAAGACGGACAGCCACAGCGGGGACUUGACCCGCGUUAAAUCGGAAAGUGGAUCUGUGGUGAUGCAUCCAGCUGGCCUGGGCUCUCCGUAUCUGUGCCGGGAGACGUGCAGUCCUCCCGGGGGAAGUCUGCAGCAUUUGACGGGUGUGCCCUCGUCACCAUCGCCGGUGAAGUCCGAGGCAUCCGAGCUAGAGGACUGCGCGCCCUGGGUCCCAAGCAGAGGGCUCUCCAUACAGCCUCGUCCAGUGAGCUCCACCUGCCCACUGAGAAAACACAAGACCAACCGAAAGCCUCGCACCCCUUUCACUACGUCCCAGCUGCUGGCACUGGAGAGAAAGUUCAGACAGAAACAGUACCUGUCCAUCGCCGAAAGGGCCGAGUUCUCCUCCUCCCUCACCCUGACGGAGACCCAGGUGAAGAUCUGGUUCCAGAACCGCCGGGCAAAAGCCAAGAGGCUCCAGGAGGCCGAGCUGGAGAAACUGAAAAUGGCCGCAGACGCCAAGACAGCGGCGGUGGCGGCUGCCGCUGCGGGGGCCUUGCACCCUGGCUUUACGUUACCGCUGUCCCUGGGUGCCAUGUCACUGUACGGACAGUCGUACUCUGCCUAUCACCAUCACCACAGACCCAUGCUGCCCCUCUCGCCUGUAGGACUCUAUGCUGCUCCCCUGGGCUACAGCAUGUACCACUUAUCCUAAUGGAAAUAUCACUGACCCUGGG